AUGUGGGAUUAAAUUCACUUCAGGCUUGUGAAAGUUUAAGUCCAAAUAUCAUUUACUUAAGAUAACUUUAUUUUUUACUCGUUAAAUGGAACGGUUUUGAGAAUGUAAGAGAUCUUCCUUAAUAUAAAAAGUGAAUAACAUUCAGAUAAGUAAAAGCAUCAUGAUCAAUACAAUAAUAUUGAUUAGAUAAAAUAUCUUCAUUGGGAAGGAGAGUUUGGUUAAAAUAACAGAAAGUCUGGUAAAUGGAAAGCUAAUUGGUCAGGUCCAGGUUAUAAAGAAGUUGGGGGUUACUAUGAGGAUGGUUUAAAGUAAGGUUUAUGGAAUUAAUUUACUAAGAAUUAUUGGAAGUAUAUUUGAUAUUCAGUUUAAUUAUAGUUAAGCAGAAAUAUGUGAGAAUGGAGAAUACUUUAAUGAUGAAAAAAUUGGAGUGUGGAAAUAUAUCUAUAAAAAUAAUAUUAUGUAUAUUUAUACAUAAUAUUAUAUAGUGGUGGAGGAUUAUAUAAUAAAUAAGGACAAAAGUAAGGUAAAUGGAUAGAGUUAAGCGAUGGAUUUUUUAAUUUCUCAUAAGUUACUUAUUAUGGUGAAUAUCGAAAUGGUAAGAAAGUGGGUGAAUGGGAUAUUUUAUUUAGGGAUCAAAGAUCGAAUAGAUAUCAAAAGAUGUAAAUAUUAAAAGUAUCAAAUCUUAGUGGAGGUGGAUCAUAUGAUAUUGGCAUUAAAAAUGGGAUGUGGAUUGAGUUGAGUGAUAGAUUUCAGAUUUAUUCAAAAGUUACUUAUCAUGGUAGAUAUAAAAACGGGAGAAAAAUUGAUAGAUGGGACAUUCAUUUUAGUUAUGAAGGCGAGCAAAAAAUGUAAGAUUAAUUACUAAAUAUUAAAAAUCAAAUUUUUAGUGGCGGUGGAUUUUAUGAAGAGGUUUAGGGAGACUCGAUCAAGAUUGGGAAUUGGAUUGAGUUAGGUGAUCUAUUUUUGAGCACUCAUCAAGUCGCUCAUAGUGGUGAAUAUCAAAAUGGUAAGAAAAUGGGUAGAUGGGAUAUUUUAUUUAGGGAUCAAAGGUCGAACAGAUAUCAAAAGAUGUAAAUAUUAAAAAUAUCAAAUCUUAGUGGAGGUGGAUUAUAUGAUACAGGAGUUAAAAUUGGAAUGUGGAUUGAAAUAAAUAAUGGAUAUCAUAUUUAUUCAAGAGUCACUUAUCACGGUCGAUAUAAAAAUGGAAUAAAAGUUGGUAGAUGGUAUAUUUAAGCUUUGGAACAAUUAGUGUAAACAUUUGAAUUAAUAAUAAGUAAAAACAAAAUUUUUCAUGGUGGAUUAUAUGAUGAAGUUGAUGGAGGUUCAAUUAAGAUCGGAAGAUGGGUAGAAUAUAGAGAUGGGUUUAAUUUAUAUUCAUAAGUCACUUAUGAUGGGGAAUAUAAAAAUGGUAAAAAAGUAGGUAAAUGGGAUAUUUUUUAUACGAAGUAAGGAAGAGAAACUUAGGAAUUAAUGUAAAAUUUAAAUCAAUUAUUUUAGUGGUGGUGGAAUGUACAGUUAUUAAGGUCUAAAGAAUGGCAAGUGGAUAGAAAUAAAUGAUAAAUUUUAAGAUUAUUCAUAAGUCAUUCACAAUGGUGAAUAUCAAAAUGGUAAGAAAAUUGGUAGGUGGGAUAUUUUAUUUAGAGAGAAUAGAAGAGACACUCAAUAAUUGAUGUAAAAAGAUAAAUAAAAAAUUUUUUAGUGGUGGUGGAUUGUAUAAUGAAUAAGGCUAAAGGAAUGGUGAAUGGAGAGAGCUGAAUAAUGGAUUUUUUAAUUAUUCAUAAGUCAUUUAUAAUGGUGAAUAUAAAAAUGAUUAGAAAAUUGGUAGAUGGGAUAUUUUUUUUAAGGGAGAAGAUAGAAAAACUUAUCAAUUAAUGUAUAAAUACUAGAAAAGACUUUAGUGGUGGUGGCUUUUAUGAAGAGGUAUAAAGAGGCUCUUUUAAGGCUGGGCAGUGGAUAGAGUUGGAUGAUGAGUUUGAGUUUAAUUAAUAAUUCACUUAAAAAGGUGAAUAUCAAAAUGGAAAUAAAGUUGGUACAUGGGUGAAAAUGGAUAUUAGGGAAGAAAAAUUGUGA